UCUUUUCUGUGAGAUUACAGGUUAUGGUAUGAGAACCCGGGUGUGUUCACACCUGCUCAGCUCACUCAGAUCAAGCAGACAUCUCUUGCCAGAGUUCUGUGUGACAAUGGUGACAACAUAACCAGAGUGCAGCACGAUGUCUUUAAGGUGGCUGAAUUCCCUUAUGGAUAUAGCAGCUGUGAAGAUAUUCCUAAACUGGAUCUCAGGAUGUGGCAAGAUUGCUGUGAAGACUGUAGAACUAGAGGACAGUUUAAUGCAUUUUCAUAUCACUUUCGAGGAAGACGUUCUCUUGAUUACAGCUUUCAGGAGGACAAGCCCUUGAAGAAAAUGAAAAUGUCCAAAACAGUAAGUUCUGUGAAACAGAGUAAAUAUUUUCGUAAUGCCACCUCAGCAUCUGAUGAAAAUGCAAAUAUGCCCAUAGUGAAUGACUUCAAAGAAUUUGUUUUGGAAAUGCAAAAAACUAUUUCAAGCCUCAGAAGCCAGAUAAAAAAACUUGAAUCACGCCUCAGUAAAACUGAUUGCACUGAUGAAAAGGGUAAAGCAUACUCCAGCAAUGAAACCUGGAAAAGGGACCCAUGUACUGUGUGUGAAUGCAAAGUUGGUCAGAUUACCUGUUUUGUGGAGUCAUGCCCGCCAGUUGACUGUGAAGCCCCUAUGAAGGCUAAAGGAGAUUGCUGUCCAGUCUGUGUCAAAGAAAGUAUUAAUAAAAAGAAGCCAUAAGUCUUCUUUUAUAGAUUUUAGGGUGCAUACUCUUCAAAUCAUAUCAAUGCCUGCUGAUGGCAAAAACAGGUAACUACAGGCUUAAAACAGCAAGAAAUCAAGAUUUACAACUUUCUAAUGGUGCUGUAAGAGUAUAACAUAAUAUAUCGUUGUAUUUUCUGCCCAUGAAGGUAAUCACAAUGCAAAAUUAACGAAAGGGAAACUAGCAAACAGGUCAAACUUAAUUGUGUGUUAAACUUCUCAGGUUAGACAAAUUCAAACUGGUGCUACUUUAAAAAGAACACUGUCAGGCAGUUUAGGUAUCUAAAAUAACUGGGCUUAAGAAUUGCUCUUAAAAUGAGCAGUUUUCUUUCCAAUCUGUGAUUAGCAGUGUUGACAGUUGACUCUCCAUUUUCAGUCCCAGUCUGACUUGAAAUUUAGCUCUUUGUUAUUACUUCAUAAAUGAUGGGAAAACAAAAGGUCACUCACUGUACCCAUCAGUGCUGUAGGGGGGCCCAUUUCUGCAACAUGUCUAUGCAUGGAAAUGCUGUUGAAUCACUUCUGUGCAUGGACUACCAAGGAAGUAAAGAAAACCAGAGUGCACCUUUCAACAUUCUCUCGUUAAUUCAAGGAGCAAAAUUAAUUGGUAUGUGCAAAAUUUGCAAAAAGGUUAAAAUUAAUUGGGAAAUGAGGGAAAUGUGAAUAAGUGUAAUUGGAAGAUAGAGAAAGCAAUUGAAUGUAUAUUACAGGAGUAAUUGACAGUGUUCCUCAUUUUAGCAAAACAUACAUGACAGAGUAGCAUUUGAUCUUAACAUGAACAUAAUCAUUUUUUGUCAAAACAUAAGUAAUUGCUUGGCAACUUUUUUUGUGUGUUUCAUUUCUUUUAAAUCAUUGUAACAUGACCAUCCACUCUAGUUUUUAAGCAUGCUUCUUUUGAUCUUGGAUCGGUUCACCUAAACACAUGGCCCUGUUACGAGAAUGUGAAACCAUGUCACAUGCCAAUUUGUAUACAGAUACCUACUGAGUCAUUGCGCAUAUUGUCAGUAGACAUAUGUUCCUGAUCAUAUUGUGGCACUGUUUGUUGAAAAAAAGAACAAUCAAAAUCAAGCAUCGUGAUUAAUUGUGGAUUGACUACUUUUUCUGACAAGGUAUUUGAUUUUUUUAGGGUUUUUGUUUUCUUUCCAAUUUCAUCUAAUGCAUAUAUAUUUUUACCUCAAUAUUUUUAUUAUUCAUGUUAAAAUUGUCUGCCAAUGGACUUUAUUUCCAAUUUAAUAAAUGUUUAACAUUAUAGAGUA